AUGGCAUGGUCACACUGAUUAUUUCACUUACCAAACCCAGACCAAACAUUAUUGUUUUUUCUCAUUAAUAGUUUGUCCCAUUUUCAGUUAAAAACAUGGCAUCAUUUGCCAAGUCAAUAGUGCUUUUAGUGUCCUUGGCCACUUUUGGGUAUUCGCUGUACGUGGUGGGCCACUUGAUGAUAUUUCUUUCCACACCCCGCUCCAUUUCAAAGGCGCACACCUGGAUUUUCAAUUUACUGGACAACAAGUCGCGCCUGGAGACCGCCUAUGGACCCGUGGUGUUCGACACGCUCUACCUGAUGGGAUUCAUCUUCCAGCAUAGUUUUCUUAAGUCAGCCCUGGUCAAGAAACUGUUGGCCAACUUGGGUUUGUCGGGGGCAGAGCGUACUAUUUAUAGCCUGACGUCAUCGAUUUGUUUACAUUAUUUAAUCGUCAACUGGCUGCCCGCACAAUCGAUUGUUUUGUGGCAAAUCGACGUGGACGAAAGUGCACCUCUUUGGUGGACCUUUGUUAUAACACAUGGAUUAUGUUGGGUGGUGAUCUUCGGAGGGAGCUUGGUCAUGGAUCUUCCAGAGCUGCUGGGCGUCAAACAGGCCUACUACGAUCUCAAGGCCUAUGGUCCGCCCAUAAACUAUAAGUCUGGAGAAUUGCGCAAUCUGUAUGCACAUGUGAGGCAUCCCUCGUUUGUGGGUCUGUCGGUUAUUCUAUUCGCCACCAACGUAAUGAGCGUGGAUCGCUUGGUCCUGGCCCUGCUUCUGACCACCUAUAUGUACCUAGCCUGGUCCACCGAUCACAAGGAUGUCGCCUACCAGAAGUUGCAACUGCAGCGCAAGAAACUCGAACUCAAAGCCAAUUAAAAUUCAUAAUGUUCUCACUAAGAUUUAAUUUUAAGUUGACAAAAGUUUCUAUUAAAUAAGGAUUUUUCUAACACUUUGAUUUCAAAUUCAA